GGUCUGUGUAACCAUAUUACAGUUUUCAUUUUCAUUCGGCUGCGGUACAACGUGCAAGUCUAGCUAGAUCCACCUAGGAGACUUCGACACGAAAAUAAAAUACCUACAGGAAUUAAAACAUGUCUCUAACACAGAAAAUGUUUGCCUGCAGUGGAUUUAUGCUAGUUGUCGUGCUAGCUGUGUUCGCCCGAGCCAUACCUGUCCCGGUGCCCGAAGAUGCGCAACAAGCCGAAUACGGACAGUUCGUGCCAGCCCCGGUGAUGGAGUUCGUGGACGAACCGGCGGUGUUGUCGGUACAGCAAGAUGUGCAAGUCGACCCCGCCGUGGUCAGGCCCAUUCGAUCGGCCAGUCCGUUCCUGGGCAUCUUAAGCCUAAGCGGUCACGAAAAGCCGUACAAGACCCAGCAACAUCAUCAUCACUAUCACCAGGAACAGCAUGAGUACGAGCCCGAGUAUCAUCAUAGGCCCCAAUACCACAAGCCACAGCAUGAGUACGAGCCCGAGUAUCAUCAUAGACCCCAACACCACAAGCCACAGCACCACUACCAACAGCGGCCACAACAACACGGUGCGGGAAGCUACGCUUCAGCGGGAAGUUUCGCGGGCGGCCAAGGUGGCGGUAGCGGCCACAGCCAGAGCGGAGCCAACAGCCAGUCCGCCAGUUUCGGAUUUGGUCCAUUCCAGGCCAGUUAUUCGGCCAGUUCUGCGCAAUCGGGCAGUCAUUCCGGCGGAGGAUAUUCAGGCUAUUGAUUACCUCUUCCAAUCAACAUCAUUUAAAUUCUUAGCAUUUACUUAAUAAUUGUGAUUUUUAAUUUAUUUGUGUUUAAUUUUAAUUUUUUAUAGAACUAUUAUGUAUAUACUAUUUUAUUGUAUAAACCUAUAGUGCCAUUGAAAACCAUAUUUAAAUUGAAUUUUAAUAUUAGCAUUUUUAAUACCUAAUAUAAUUGUAUACUAUUAUUA